AUGUGUGGCAUGGAAACUGCUGCCAAAGUCGUCUCAGGAAAACUGAUGGAUAUACUCAACUGGAAUGCGCAUACAUAUAACAUCUUAUCAUUACUAACACUUGCGGUGUCCAUGGCUUUACUACCUUUGGCGAAAACUGUAACUCAUGUCUUAACGUUUUCUGCCUUCUAUGGUUAUGCCAUGGGAGUUCAAAGUUUAUGUUUUAUAAUUAUAACUCCUAAGCUCACCCAUCCAGAUGAUUCAAAGUAUGCGGUGACUUAUCUAUUUGGAGCUCUCAGUAUAUCGGGCGGAGUUGGUCCAGGUGUAGCAGGUAAACCGUAGACUAUUAUUCUUAAGCCCUGGGCAAACCAGAAGAGAACAUUAGUAAGUCUUCCUGCUUCGUUGCUUGAUCACCCUCCAAAAAGAUGUUGUGGAAACAUCUCAAAAUCCUCAAAUAUUCUGGUUUGCCUACACAAUAGUUUGUUGAAAAAAAGUCCUUUCCGGAAGGGAAAUGUUUCCAUUGUCCAUGUCAGGGACGUUUUCGCCUGGGGGACGCGGGGGGAGUCGUCAUCCUUAUAAAAUGUAACAAUAAUUAUUUAAGAGGAAAAAUUUGCACAAGCAUUCAGUCAUUCUACUAACUUUUGGGCAAGAUUGUAGUUCGUAAUAACGCGCUUGUCACGUCUUCAAACGUCAACCGUAGUGUAAAUAUAAACAUCUUAGUCUCUGAAUUGGAUAGCUAUAAUUCUGUCUAUGAUCGAUGAUGCAUGCAGAGGUUCUGUUAGUUUUCACGUCAAAUUUUACAUUCUAUAACGAAAGAUGAUUUUUCUUUUUUUUCAGCGUGGAUAUUCGACUUGACUCGAUCAUAUCACUUGGCAUUUUUUAUCACAGGAGGAUGUUUCGCCUGUGCAGCUUGUCUUGGUAUUUUGAUACAGUUGUUAGCCUUAAGAAAUGCAAACAUGACUUAUGACAGUGUUCUAACCGCAAAUGAACGUGUACAGUUAAGAGAAUGUACUGUCGACAAUUCGACAGAUAUGCCUAAGACAGGUGAAACUGAAAGCAUCCAAUUCCUUACCGUUGUGUAAAAUCAUGAUUGUCUGUUGCCACCCAAUUCACUCCAAG